AGUAAAAUCAGAGUGCGUUGGUAGGGAAGAGCAGAAACAGAGAGAGGGAAAGAUCUUAUCCAUGGUGGCUAUUGCUAGUCUCCAAGCAAUUCAUCUCAACUUCGGGAGACGUGGCAGCAUCCGAUGUGGGAUCUCGGAGCCGAGCGGAGAGCCAGCUCCUGUAGGGCAGAAGACUAGAUACAACGAUGGCUUAGCUGAGAGAGUGUUCAUGGGACUGUUCGCGAGGAAGAUGGACAAGUUUGGUGGCUCGAAGAAGAAGAAUGAGAUGAAGGAGAAAGGGUUUUGGGACUACGACUACGAGAGCUUCGUUGAGGUUUCAAAGAGAGUGAUGCAGGGAAGAUCAAGGACGCAGCAGCAAGAGGUUGUGAGGGAGGUUCUUCUCUCCAUGCUUCCUCCUGGCGCUCCUGAACAGUUUAGAAAACUGUUUCCACCUACGAAAUGGGCAGCAGAGUUUAAUGCAGCUCUUACCGUGCCUUUCUUUCACUGGUUGGUUGGUCCUUCUCAGGUCAUAGAAGUGGAAGUGAAUGGGGUGAAACAGAGAAGUGGCGUUCGUAUAAAGAAAUGCAGGUAUCUGGAGAACAGUGGGUGUGUAGGAAUGUGUGUGAAUAUGUGCAAGAUCCCAACACAAGAUUUCUUCACAAAUGAGUUUGGCCUCCCACUCACCAUGAACCCAAAUUUUGAUGAUAUGAGUUGCGAGAUGAUAUACGGCCAAGCGCCUCCUGCCUUUGAGGAUGAUCCAGCCACCAGACAACCUUGUCUAGCAGACAUAUGUUCUAUGUCCAAUCCAAGCUCGCCAGUCUGCCCUAAACUACACGCAUGAAAGGCAUUGGAUCAGCCAGAUGUGUUUUUUCCAAGAGAUACAUUAUAUACUUUUUUACAAGCAUAUACAGAUAAAAGUCAACAAUGUAAAGAGUCUUGAUACUAGUUAGUAUUCUGUGUUAGUAUUCUAGUUGAGUUGUGAAAGUUUAUGAUACACAUACACUUGAGCGUAUACCUCUCUCUCCA